CAUUCAAACAAACAAAACUGCAGAUAUUGUUUUUAUCAAACUACAUUCAGUCACUUUUGAGGCUUUUUUGGUGAAACACUGUUAUUAACAGGUGCUUAUUAUUAUGUACAUAUACUCAUUUCAGACAUGUCUUAAUAACUUGUUUCUUUGUUUUUGUCUGUUAGUAGGAAAGACCAAAGUGAAGAAGAGCAACCGUGUGUUGUCUUUCUUCAGAAGGGCAUGGAAGGCUGUGAAGGCAAAGUUUCGGAGAAACAGAGAAACCAGGGACUCAUCACAGCCGAAUCCAGAAUUACUUGAUGUCCCUAAUCCCAGAGAUCCUGAACGCAUUACCCGCCUGCAGGACCGCCUGGAAAAAUGCGCUCUGAAGUGGACACCGGUCACUGAGGUCUGGCCCAACGUCUUCAUAGGAAAUGUGAAUACGGCCAGAGACCCAGCCAGACUGGAGGAGAUGAACAUCACACACCUCCUGAACGCUGCACCAGAGCUGGACAAUGAAACAUCCAAAAAUGAAUGGGAAAAGGUUUACAAAGACAUGAACAUCACUUCCCUCAGACUGUCUGCAGACGAUGAUGGAUGGUUUGAUGUCACCAGACACUUUUCCCCAGCGGCAGACUUCAUUCAUACAGCCCUGAGCAAACCACAGAGUAAGAGUUCACUUCCACACACAAACUGAACCAACAUUGUGUUGUACACUGCCAAAUUGUUGAGUUUGUUUUCAGCGAAUGCUGGUUUGUCUUUUGGGAAUUGUGAGGACAUUUCAUAGGUGUAAAGGUUUUUAUACUGCGCAUGAAACAAAUACUACAGUAAUUCAGGAGUACUAUAGUGUAUAGCAGUAAAUACUGUGCUGUUUUUAAACUCUAACUAUUGUAAAGUUCUUCACAGAAUUAAUCUGUUGUGGCGAUUCUGUGGUACUACAGUAAUAUAAAAUAAUAGCUGAAACUGCUGUUACACACACACACACACACACACACACACACACUCCAGAUGAGUAUUUCAGUGUGUUUUAUAGAAAGUGCACUUACCCAAACAUUUCUGCAUUUUUACAGCUCCAGUUCAAUCAUUUAGAGUCAUUUUUAUUAUUAAUAUUCUUCCCUCGUCAGAAAUGUCUGGGUUUACUAUCUUUGUGGGGACAGUAUUUAUCUAUCCAUCUCUCCAUCUGUCCUACAGUGCUAAAUGUGCUAGCGAUACGUUUGUGUUGAUCUUUCUCUCUUUGUUCCUGCAGAUAAGGUGUUGGUGUGCUGCCUGCAGGGCGUCAGCCGCUCCGCCACACUUUUCCUGGCAUAUUUGAUGAUACACCACAACAAAACACCAGAGGACUCCAUUGAUCUGGUGACACACAAGAGAUUUAUCAGGCCAAGCAGAGACUUCUUGAGGAAAUUAACAAUCCUCGCUGAGCAGCGACACUUAAUUGAAAGUGACGCAGCGAAGAACAGAAGCAACUCUGCUGCCGAUAAACCAGACCCUGAAGUGGAGUCAGUUGAUUCAGAGGAAAUGUAUGUUUGUGAGCCGUACGGUCUUGAACCAGUCACGAAGAUUUCACACAUACACAACCCUGAAGCCUGCUCCAAACUAGACAAGUGUGCUUUAAAGCCUGAUCCAGAACCGGUCCCAGGUCCGAGCGGUUAUAGACCCGAACCUAAGGCCGUUGAUUCAGAGGAAAUGUAUGUUUGUGAGCCGUACGGUCUUGAACCAGUCACGAAGAUUUCACACAUACACGACCCUGAAGUCUACUUCAAACUGGAUAAGUGUGCUUUAAAGCCCGAUCCAGAACCGGUUCCAGGUCCGAGCGGUUAUAGACCCGAACCUAAGGCAGUUGAUUCAGAGGAAAUGUAUGUUUGUGAGCCGUACGGUCUUAAACCAGUCACGAAGAUUUCACACAUACACGACCCUGAAGCCUGCUCCAAACUAGACGAGUGUGCUUUAAAGCCAGAUCCAGAAGCGGUCCCUGGUCCGAGCGGUUAUAUACCCGAACCUAAGGCAGUUGAUUCAGAGGAAAUGUAUGUUUGUGAGCCGUACGGUCUUGAACCAGUCACGAUGAUUUCACACAUACACGACCCUGAAGUCUACUUCAAACUGGAUAAGUGUGCUUUAAAGCCCAAUCCAGAACCGGUCCCAGGUCCGAGCGGUUAUAGACCCGAACCUAAGGCAGUUGAUUCAGAGGAAAUGUAUGUUUGUGAGCCGUACGGUCUUGAACCAGUCACGGAGAUUUCACACAUACACGACCCUGAAGCCUGCUCCAAACUGGAUAAGUGUGCUUUAAAGCCCAAUCUAGAACCGGUCCCAGGUCCGAGCGGUUAUAUACCCGAACCUAAGGCCGGUGAUUCAGGGGAGCUGUGUGUCUCUGACUUGAGUGGUCCUCAACCACAACCUCAAAUGGAAGAGAAGAUUUCACUCUUGCAUUUGCAUUUCACCCAAAAUAUUUCCAACCUGGACAAGCAACAAUUGGAGAGCAGGAAGAAAUGGGUCUCCAUCUGUAAAGUCUUCGACAACCUCUACGUUGGAAGCUGGUAAGUCUGCAACACAUUCAUGAUGUAUAGUACAAAGCCAUGUGAUGCUUUAAUAGGGUAAUGGAGACAGUGUUGGGUAGGUUACUUCAAGAGAGUGAUUACUUCAGAAGCUCUCCCUGUUCCACAUUGUCUAUUUGACAUUCCAGCCUUUGUUGCCGGAAAUAAAAUAUAUUGUGGAGCUGGAUUAGUGACAAAUGAAUGAGUUAAUUCAGCUGAAUAUAUUGUAAGAGGUUACUGAAGAUACUUAAGAGGUUUCCCUUGAGUCUGUAUAUGUUUCUGCA